UCAAAAUGGCGGAUCAAGACGAAGGACAAGAAGACGACAUCGACUAUUAUGGCGUGUUAAACGUCAGAAAACAAGCAACAGAUGAAGAAUUACGCUCUGCUUACAGACGCAUGUGUGUGUUGUAUCAUCCCGAUAAGCACUUGGAUCCCGCCAAGAAAACGGCUGCUGUACAGCUGUUUAGUAAGAUACAAAAGGCUUAUGAUGUUCUUAAUGAUUCAGAGACUAGAGCUAUUUAUGAUGUGUAUGGACAAAAGGGUCUGGAUGCUGGUUGGGAGGUUGUAGAAAGAAAACGCACCCCAGCAGAGAUCCAAGCAGAGUAUGAGCAGCUUCAGAGAGAACAGGAAGAAAGAAGACUACAACAAAGGACAAACCCUAAGGGUAACAUAUCUGUUGGUGUUGAUGCAACUGAUCUGUUUGAUAAUUUUGAUGUCUUUGAAGACAGGACCUUACCCAAUAUUGAAAUAAGCAAUAUGACGAUCAUGCAGUCUAUAGAGGCUCCAUUGACAAGAAGAGAUACGGCAACAUUAUCAGGCAAUCUUGGUGUUGGAAAUGGUAUUGGAACUGGAAAUAUUUCUGCUUCAAUAAGAAGGGUUUUGUCCAGCAAAGCUUGGGGUGAGUUUGAGGUUGGAGCUGGCACUGGUCCUAACAUUGCAUUACGAGGAUUCAGAAAUCUUACAAGAAGAAGUUAUGGCACAUCUGGAAUCAAUGUUCAGCUUAAAGGCGAUGUGCUACAAGUUGGUUUUGAAGCAAUGAUAGCACGCCAGCUAAGUAAAAACGUCAAUGGUUACCUGACGUGGAGGGCUGGUAUUCAUUCUUGUAUGAACACAACGGUAGUAAGAGAAACUGAACAUAGCAGAGCACUAUUGGUUCUACAGCUUGGAAUUCCAAAUACCUUUGCUGUUGCAUCCUACACUCGAAAACUAGAAAAUACAAGAAUAAAGGGAGCUUUUAAGACAGGGGUAUUUGGUAGCAUACUUGAAUAUGGAGUAGAAACCAAGAUAUCUCAACAUAGUCAUCUGGGUGCCACGAUAAGUGUUGGGAUCCCUGUGGGUGUGACUUUAAAAAUCAAAUUGACCCGUGCUACCCAAGUGUACAAUUUCCCAAUAUCAUUAUCAGAAGAGCUAAGUCCUGCAGCUAUCUUCUACGGCACAUUUAUACCCCUUACUGCAUACUGGGUCGUCAAAAUUCUCAUUGUUAACCCAUUCCUGAAACAAGAGAAGGAAAGAGAAAAUGAGAUAAAUAAAGAAAAAAUUGAAAGACAAAUGGCAGAAAAACGAAGAGAAGCAGAAGCUAGUAUUGAUUUGAUGAAAGAGACAUAUGAGAGGACGGUAGAGUAUGAGCGAUCCAGACAUGGGUUGAUAAUUAUCUCGGCAUUGUAUGGCAACCUUGUUUCCAUGGAUAACACAGACCAUUAUUCUCAUGGAAGAAGUAAGCCAUGUGUCAUAGAUGUAACCAUCCCAGUCCAGUGUCAAGUCAAAGACUCUAGGCUGUUUCUUACUGAUGUAAAUAAGCUCACAAAGUAGACUUCAGUUAAAGAACUUUUAUCGCACUGAAGUUCGCAAUACCUCAUCGCUACUGUUUUCUUACCUGAAGGCAACUGUUGCCGCCUGAACGUGGUAACAGGUUGGCUCUACUCGUACAGUAGUAAUGUCAGUCCUGUAGAUGAUGCUCUUAGUAAUGUUGAUAUUGGAGAUGUUGUAUGUAUUCUUAGUUUGCCUUGUUGGAUGAUAUUCAUUUUAGGCAAUUUUGUUGUGUUUUUUUUAUGUGUUUUGCKUUACAAUAAUGGACAAUAAAAAUAUUACUGUCACGUCUAAAUUUGAAUA